AUAUAUAUAUNAAUGUAAAAAAAAAAAACAGAAUCAUCAAAUUAACGUCCUUGGCUAGAAAAUGGAAAGCAUCGAAAUGCUGAAAGCACUUUAUGACUUCCAGGCGGUCUAUCCCAAAACCAUAAGUUUCGAUGAAGGGGAAUACUUUAUAUUGUACCAGACUUCUGCUCGCCAAAGAAACUGGUGGCAAGUAGUUAGCAUGAAAGGCAAUAUUGGUUUUGUGCCAUCCAAUUACGUAAUGAAAAUCAAGGUUGAACCGGAUUUUCUAAUAAGCUUCCUCAACUCCUCAAUUGAGUCACUUGAAAAGUCUAAAGAGACGGAAAUCAAUGGAAUCAUGCCGAAAGAAGAACUAUUGGAGCGGCUGCGUGAAAAGAAAAUGUCCAUGGAAAAACUAUAUUUGGACUAUUCGGAACGUGACUGCGACUCUUCUUUGUCUUUCUCGCAAAGCAUUAGUGAGAAAAACUACUCUAAAUCACACAGCAAUCGUGCCACAUCCGCGUCCGCACAACAAACACCACAUAGUCCACAAAGUCCUCCACGUUCCAACCGUUUGGAUAGCAAUAAAAAGUCGAUGUCUAGCCCUGCUGUAGGUGUUGUAAUACCUCAAAUUAUGCAGGAAUCCACUAGCAUGGGCACUAUGCAGAUACAAACUCAGCAAUCACAACUUCAGCAGCAGCAGCAGCAGCAGCAACAGCAACAACAACAGUCGCAACAAUCACAGUCGAACAAUAAGGGCAGUGAUAUCACACAGGACAACAGCAUCACAUCGGAGCCUUCAGAGACUACUACAACUACAACGACAACCAGCGAAGAUGUGGUGACCACAUACAAAGAAUCGAGUCAAAAAGAAUCUUCUCUACAUAGUAGUUAUUCAAAACAGAAUGGCAGUGAUAUAAAGAGUGAAGCAGGCGAUGCUGGUGGUGGCGGUAGUGGUGGCAAUAACAGUUGUAAUGGGGCCGGUGUUGGUGGAAACGGUGUAAUCGAGGGCGCAAAUACUUUAACAGAUGCCAGUGAAAAUUUCAAUGAUGAAAAAGUUGCAGAAAAAUCUGAUGGCAGUGAGCCCAUAAGUGAUGGUCGUGAUGGCACAACUUUGGCGAACGAUGGACGUGGUGAUUUUACUAACAGUGUAGAGAAUAGUCAAGCGCUUGAUAGUGAAGAUAGCGCCGUACAGCCCGGCGCUAUCGCCAAUUCCACAGCCACUGUAAGUGCCGCCAUGUAUGGAGUGACUCGGGCGAAUUUAAAAAUUGAAUCAUCGGAUGUUUACCAAAUCGUUGAUAUAAUACGACGCAAUACAAAUCUAAGCUUUGAUUUGUCAUGUGAGGCGUUACGCGUUGUCUUAACUAGUCUAGAGCAAUUGUAUAAUGGUGCCAUAAAUCCAUACUUAGAGGCGGUGGCGAUACAUGUGACUGAUAAAGUGGAGACUCCGAAAGCAUUGCUGGGUAUGACACAUGAUUCAAAACGCUUACAGUACAUAUUUUCACAGCUGGCUGAUUGCAAAAACGAUACUGAACAACGCUCUUGGAUGUUGUACGAAGAUGAGGAAGAUAUUAUACAAUUUCUGGAGGAGCUAGUAGAAAUACUGAACAAUGCAGACGAAAAUAUUAGUUGCUAUGAAAUGUCGUGUGAUCAGUACCAGGUGCUUAUUAAUCUAGUGCAGUAUUACCAAAUGGAAACGCGUUGGCCGAUAAAACAGCUACUACUGAAAACGUUUACUGCUGCUUGCCAUUUGGACCAUAUUAUAGUCGAUAUUUUACUAACAUCUGUAUUGCCAUUAGAAAUCGUAGAAGAUAUGAAAACCAAUUUUGCCAACCUAGAUAAAUUUAAGAAACUUGUCAAAAUGUUAACAAUAAUAUUUUCCAUGGGGCAACCGAUGCCAGUUAAUCAUCAAGAUUACCUUGGCGUACACUUUGCGAGUUUUCUUUUGGAAAUCGUUGAAGGCAAUAACCCCGAGAGCCUUGUUGACAUGGUUAUAUCAUUGAUACUGGCCUUUAAUUUGCAAUUUACUGACUUUUCACAAAAUGUUGUGGUGGAAGCUAUGCAGAACUUGCCAAGUGCGAAAGUUUUCACAGAAAAAAUUCUUUUGCUGUUAAAUAGAGAAGAGGAUCCCAUAAGGGUAUUGAAACAUUCAACUGAGAGCAUAAAUUCAGUACUAAAAAUAUUUAUCGAUAUAUUUAGUAAUCCAGAUACUGCUGGCAUGUUUUAUACAAACGAUAACAAAGUGCUCAUUGACAUACUAGUACGACAACUGUCCGAUUUAUGCGCGGGAAAUCCGCUGCGGCGUUGCUAUUUGGAGUUAUGUCGACGCAUUUUGCGCAACACAAAUUAUUCGGAGCAUCAGCAUCGCAAGCAAGAUUUUAUGAAAAUAUUUACACGCAUCUUUUGUGAAGAGACCGAGUGUAGCGCAUCAGAUCAACAGCUUGUGCGUGAGAUUGCUAAUGAAUUUCCACAGUUAUUCAAGGCCUAAAUAGCAUUUAUUGAAGGAGAAUAGAAAUAGGAUUUGAUGACUGAGCAAAUAUGUAGUAGUAAAAUUCUAGUAACUCAUUGUUUUCAUCAUUCAAAAAUAUUUUAUGUACAAUUUUGUAUUCGCACCUUAUUUGUGAUGAUAAAUUUUCAAUUUAGUUGAUAUUAUGUGCGCAUUUAUCCUUUGAUUAAUUUGUAAAGAUACAUAUCUAUAAGUGUGUAUAUUUAUUUUGGAAUAUUUCGCUUUAAUUUUCAUUGAAAUAAUAACCAAAUGCCAACGAUUUUUUUUGUUUAUAAUAUUUUAAAUCAUACAUUUUUGUAUAUGUAGUUUUAUGUUUAGACUUAAAAAUCAGACUUGAAUUUAGAGUUUUAAGUAAUUAAAAUAAUUGUCUUAAUAGUGAUGAAAGGUGUGCUCAUAAGCUCCACAGUUAUGCGCACAUUCAUAUGAAUGAAAGUGUAUAUUUAAUGCGUAAACAUAACAAGUAUGAAAUUAGGCAAUUAGUAUAAAAGAAAUAGUGAAACAGUUUGCAAUAUUGAAAAUUAUACCUGAAGUCUUAUAAAGUGUGAGCAUAUUUAAUAAUUAUGUAUCGUUAAACUAACCCAAAUACGCACUCAUUCAAAGGAGUAAGUGGUUGUUGAUAAACCAAAUUAGAGAUAAUAUCU